AUGCGUGCUUCGGUCACCGUUGUUGCCUCGCUUCUCUCCUUCGUUGUUAGCGUCUCCGGACAAGGCGAAUUCCAGACAGUCUUUUGUCAAACCAUUGACGGCAAACACGCAGCCAGUAACAAUUUCUGCCAGGCUGUUGGAGGCGCUGUUCUGCCAUCUCCUGGGUUCUGUUGCCUUCGCUCAAGCGACUUUGACAAGUUCGUAGCUCUCUCAAAGGGCUGUGCAGACAAUGGCUUGGUGCUAGGAAAGAACGACGUCCCUUGCUCUCCAUAG